AAUUUUUGAGUGGUGGAAAAGCACUUCCAUACAAAUUAAAACAGAGAGUUCUUGAUAACGUUUUUAAAAACAGAGCUCCGUUUCCUUAUUAAAAGCGAGAGCUAGACUUCCCCGAAAAUGCCAGUGGCACCUGAACGCGCCAUACGUCAUGCAAAUGGCGGACGUUGUAAACAGAGGCAGCCGUUUCUCUUUGGCCGCAGUGAAACAUCACUUUUUAGGAUGAGCAGCGUCGAGUGUGAGCGUAUGGACAGUCUGGAGGGCUGGGUGGCGGUGAAAAGCAACAUAUUCGAGGAACCGGAGACGUUCAAGUUGGGUUUCAUCGUCCAGUGGAGCGUCAUCGAGUCUAAGUUCGCCGUCACCUGCCAUAACCGGACGUUACAGCGGCUCAAACGCAGAGCGGAGGUCGGUGUGAGCGGCGGUGACCCUCAGCUGAGCUGGGCCGGACUCUUCUCCGUGGACGACCUGAAACACAUCCACCAACAGUUUUCGUGCGUGGCAGACGUGCUGACAGUCUGCUUCCCGGACCUGUCCGAGUUCGAGGAGGGGAACAUUUGGGAUUUGCUGCUCCUGAAUCGGACGUGGUCAGGUCCGGAGGACGAUGGCAGGGAUUUUGACACGCCGUGCCGGAGACUGGAGAAGUACUUCAGCACAGCCAUCGACACCUGCGGCCGCAAAAUUGUUCUCGACACGUUGUUCCCGCAGCAGGACGAGAGAGACGUCGAGGAGUAUUUCGAGAACAUGCAGGAGUUCAAGAGGAAGACCAUGCAGGAGGAGAUGAGCAGGGUCAAAGGUCAUCUGCGACAGUUGCUGCAGAGUCAUGGCAGCGCAGACAGAAUGGUGGCGCUGCUGCGUCUCUAUGAAGAGGAGGACAUGGUCUACCAGGACCUGGUCUCUGUGGCCACCACCUUCUUCCACUAUCUGCUGCAGCCUUUCAGGGACAUGCGAGAGCUGGCCUGCCUCUACAAGAUGGAGAUCCUGAAGUCUUUAGAGUUUGAGGAGUUGGGUCCUAAGAGAAUCGCAGCCCUGGAGAAGGAAGCGGAGGAGUGGAGAACGAAAGCAGGAGACGCAGUCGCCUCCAUUCAGGACAUCACUGUCAACUACUUUGCGCAGACUUCUAAGGCUUUGGCUGGUAUGUUGAAGGAGAUGGAGGAGGACAGGUGUCGUUUUGGACCUGCUGCCUGGGCGUCUGCAGUUCCUCGGCUGGAGAAACUACGCUUCCUGUUGGCCAAAGAAACGCUGCAGCACAUGAGAGCGACAGAGAUGUGCCUCAACCGAAAGAAAGACAGCAUCAGAGAGAAGCUGAGUGGCCUGUCCAGUGUCCAGAGCCAGAGACCUGACGCGUGGUCUACGUCCGAGGACACGGUGGACCAGCUGGAGCUGCACUUCUACGAAACCCAACUGGAGCUGUACGACGCCAAGUUUGAGAUCUUAAAGAACGAGGAGCAGCUGCUCUUGGCACAGACAGGCACAGUGCGACGGCAGAUCAAAGAGCUGAAGGAUGAGGUGGUUUACUACGACGUGUGUGAGGAUGAAGAGGAGCUGCAGAGCAUGGUCCACACCAGCGUCCAGCAUGCGGACUCUCCGGCUGUCAGUCAUCUCAAAAGACGCCUGCGCAACCUGGAGGCCAAGAGAGGCAACAUCUGUGCCCGACGCGCUUAUCUCCGCAACAAGAAGGAUCAGUGCAUGGACGCCCAAGAACAGAAGCAGAUGGCAGCCAGGCAGAGCACAGACAGCUACACCCAGCAUCAUCAGGUUCACCUGAAACGAGAGAAGAAAAAAGAGGAGGAUCAGAGGAGGAAAGACUGGGUGGACCAGGAGCGAGAGAAGACUCUGAGCAGAUUACGCUCCUUCAGACAGAAGCGACAGGGCCAGUACAUCCUGAAGACUCCUCACUCCAGGUCCGAAGUCCCGUGUCCCUCCCAGCCGCUGUCCAUCAUCAGCCUCGGGCCUUCUGCCCCCUCUGUAGAUCCCUCGCUCUUUGUCCGUCCUCAACCCAGACACAAAAAAGCAACCAAGAAGCGUCCGCCUGAAGACAUCCCUGUCCACAUCUAUGCUGCACCACCGCCGCCACCACCACCUCCGCAUACUUACAUCCCUCCUGUGCCUCCUCUGCCGCCUCCUCCACCUCCACCUCCACUGCCCCCUGCUGUCCCGCCUCCUCCACCACCACCUCUCCAAGAAGACACACCGAAGGCUCUCAGUGAAAAAGAGGAGCCUCCUUUCCCUGCCAAGAACAUGCUCAAACAAAAUACAGGAACAAUGGACGAAGUGUUGGCCUCGCUGCAGCGUGGACAGAGUCAGCUGCGAAAGGUCCCCACUCACUGGACAGCGUCCCCCGCUGAGGACCCAAGGAGCAGCCUGAUGUCCGCCAUACGUCAGGGCGUCAUGCUGAAGAAGGUGGUUCCUUCGCGAGCCGAGGCCCCGAGCGGCGGAGACAACGAGCUGGAGCGAAGCAUCAAAGCCGCCAUGAUGAGGAUGAAGAACGUGUCGGCCGACUCUGACGACGAGGACAGAGGAGACGAGGAGACACAGAGCACAGAGUGGGACAGCUGAGCGCACGCACACACUCACACACACUCACACACACACUCACUGCCACGGCCACACUGGUUGCGUGUGCAGUGGAACGACAGCUGCCAUUGCACAAUAAGACUUCUGCCUAAAAGUCAUUUAAAGGCUUAUUCUAAGAUGACAAAAGCCAACUAGUUUUUAUUUUAAUUUGAAAUUGAUUAUACACUCGUACAAACAUACGUAUGGGUCGCACAUACAAUUACUACCAAUCAAUCUUCUUCCUACACGUUACACACAGACCUGUCCCACAGGAAGCUGUGGAGCUGCUGCUAUGAGUUACUCAAAUUAAAAUAAAAUGAUUUAAUAGGUAAUAAUGCAUUUUUAAAUACUUUUCUUCUGUACUGAACUGAAUGCUACAAUGUUUUUGUAUGAACUUCCAAAUCCAAAAGAAUGGAUCGAGGGAAAGGAAACAGAAAAAGGCUUUUAAUUUGAAAGGGGUUUGAAUCUUUCCUUCUCUAUUUUUGCUGCAAAACACACACACACACACACACACACACACACACACACACACACACACAGAGUCCGAUGUAAUCUGAUUACACAAAGGCCUAAAUGACGCUGAACACGCUGCACACACUGCACACGCAUCCAACGUGGCCCAGGUUUUGACUCCUCCUCUUUCAUCGAGCAUGUGUCGCUGCCAAGUUUUCCACAAGUGCUCCUCUCUCGUCACAAGUGAUGAAAGUGUAUGUAUGUAGAGAAUGUUUUAAAUUAGCCAGGUAUGAGGAUGUAGUCUCUUUAAAAGAAAAAAAAAAGAAGCACUUACUCAGGAGAAAAAGCCUUGUGAUUGUACGGUCAGUGUCGAUGAGUGAAUUUGUCCCAGCUGCUCUCUCUCUGUGUUUACUUGUAUUUAUAUCUUUGUGAGGUCCAUAAAAACCUAACUUUAAAGGGCUUUUUCAGAUUUGAGGGUUAUGGUUGUGAUGGUUAUGGUGUUUAAGGGAAUUGCAUUAAGUCUAUGAUGUGUCCUCACUAAGAUAUAAAGACAAGUUUGUGUCCACCAUCACAAAUACUCAAAUACUCGUGUGUCUAAACCAGGGAAGCCCAACAUUUUUCCACCAGAGGGACAAAAAUCAACACUGGGAUCCUUUACUGAAUAUUCUUUUUAACAAUAACAUAAUUUAAUGGCAACUUUACGUUGUAUUUAACAGCCACAGAACUUUUGAUAUAAUGUGGUGCCUCCAUGACUUUGAUAUAUCAGCUCCUUAAAUGCCGAUAACUCACUUUUAUGACUUCCUGUCCAGCAUCGUUUCUGACUUUACACCCAAAUUUAAAACAUUUUAAGGUGAAUUCAUAUCUCAAAAAAACAGAACAUCAAUAAUGAUUAUUAUAUUCAGACUUUUUUCAUGUGACGGUCCAAAUGAAAACCUAUUACCGGCUCAUUUUGGCCCACAAACCUCAUGUUGGGCAGCCCUGGUCUAAACCCAACGACUUCAGCUAUUUGUUUUAUUUUUUAAUUUAAAUGACUUUUUUCUGUCCAAAAUAUCUGGGGAUGAAUGAUUUUGAACAUAUAUCGAAUUGCGAUUAUUUUGACUGGGAUUGCGAUCUGAGUCACGAUAUGGGAAGGAAUGGUCUUUUUGCGAUAUUAGUGCAGAUCUGUGAGAAACAACGAUGUUUAUUUCAGUCUGUGUGACGUGUGUACAUCAGGACAAUAUUUCAUCUAAAAUGCUUAAUUUGACACGUUUUGGCUUUAAAUCGCAAAAUAGGCUAUACUGCGAUCUCGACAAAAUUCCGACUUCACCGACCGAUACAGAAAUCAGUCCGAUACCGUUAUUUUAAACUAUAAAGAAGUGAGCUGGACAUUUGUGCCCGGCAACAAAGACGUACAGUAAUUCUGCAACUAUAGACGAGAAAUAAACACUACUUGGCUAAAAUGCUGUUGUCGUUUUCUUUUUCCGAUAACUGAUCCAGUGAUUUUUGACGAUAUCUGGUAUCAUAUCGGCCGAUAAUCGCUAGUUUUUUUAGGCGACUUUGUUUCACUUUGGGAGUUGACAAGUUCUUUUGUGGUGAAAAAGCAUUAAAUGUUAAAUACGUAACACGUCGAAAUCUGUCGUGAUUGUUUGUAUUGGAGGUCGAUGGAUGAAGCACUUUUCCCGUUUACCCCCCGUCGUCAUUUGUGUGUGAGAAAAUGCAAUUUCUGAAACUGUUAUUUCUUCUCUCUCUAAUGCCAGAACACAGGGAGAGAAUUCUAACUUCUUUUUUUCUUCUAACGAUGGAAGUGCUUUUAUGUUUGUGACUUAACUGAACCUGUUAAUACUGUGUGUGUGUGUCGUGAAUAAGGCUGCAACUAAACUUUAUUUUCCAUUAUUAUCUAUUCAUCUGGAGAUUCUAUUCUCAAAUAAUUGAGUACAUGUUGACAAAAAAUGUUAAUCAGUGUUUCCCAAACCUGGAAAUGAUGUUUUUUAAUGAUUUCUCUGGCACAUGGAGCAAAGAAAGCAGAAAAUAUUCACAUUUUAGAAGCUGAAAAAAUAAUUAAUUAAUUUGGUUGCAGCCCUGAUCACAAACAAACAGCACAAGUGUGUAGCAAACAGGAGAAAGUGGGAGAAAAAAAAAAAUCAGUGCACUUAUUCUGAAAAACUCUGAUUCUGAAGAGACGUGUACAGAAGACGAUUAGAGCCACACAAGAAAUGAAAGAAGUCAUCCAUCAUCUACCGCUUUAUCCUCAACAUGAGGGUCGCAGGUGCCGCAGGGCGAAAGGCGGGGCCACGCAACCAUCCACUCUCAGUUACGAUCAAUUUAGAACGUCCAAUUAGCCUAAUCCCCAAAUCGCCGCACUUGAUUUGACAGAUUAUGGUGUAACUGGGGCCUUUUUGCCGCAAAGAUUGUAAUAAUCUACACUUGGAGCUAUGAUCAAAUUAAAGUCAGAAUUCUGGUUUAUGUUCAGACUUUUUUCUCACAUGUGGCCCUAAUCCUCUUCUGUAGAUGUGGAACUUUAUUCUACUCGAGUGUUUUUCAGACGAGCUGACGGCUGAAACACGCGUGUACUGCUGUGUUUUUAUUAAUAAACGAUGUAAAAAAAAAAUGAAAUGUGACCUGUGGGCAGUUUUUCUUUCUUUCUUUCAUUCAUUCAUUCAUUCAAAAAAGUGUUAUUUUGUAAUCUUUGGUUUGGUUGAGCUCCACAUGUUCUCUCUCUACCUGCACUGUUAAAUGAGUCACAUCGUGUCCGUCAGUCUGAGUCUGAGUCUGGGAACGAUGGAGCGCUGAUCGAGGCUGUGGCGACUCGUAGCCCACGUGAUGAGGGUGAGUCAUAUUUUUGGUUUCCAUGCGUGCAGCAGCUGUUGCUCUCCUGAUGUGACGCCUCACACAUCCACAGCCACAUACGACUUGUUUCUCCUCUGUUUCUUGAACACACGGAUCUGUGGCUGCUCUUAAAUCCCCGUCACUCUUCCACUCUCUGGACUCUUAAUUGUUCACAGACGCUCCGGUGAUCGUUUAAAUGUUCAUACACCUUCAGAGAAGACGCGCGGUGGUGGCGGCGGCGGGUCUUUAGACAAACCUGCCUGUCUAGCAUCAACCUGAAAUUCCACAGC